AUGCAUUUGUACAAUUUGACGUUGCAAGGCCAAACGGCCAUCAAUCAGGCGAUUCAGGGAAAUUUUUCGGGCACUCCGAAGGCUCAGGUUUGGCGGAAAUUCGAGAAAAUGCCGGGAAAACUGUGGAAAAUUUGAAUUCUUGCAGGAAAUUGUGGUGGGAAGAGGAACGGCCAUCGAAUUGCUCAUUCUGGACACAGUCACCGGAAAAAUGAAGGUUUGUGCUCGGACAAUGAGCGUAGAGUGUAAAAAUUAGAAAACAGCAUAUGAAAAUAUGAUUUUGAAUGCAAAAAAAUGUGUUGGAUUGAAACUUCAAAACCACCAAACAAGUGAAGUGAUCUUCAAAGAAAAUUAAGGUCUGAAACAGAAAAGUUUCCAAUUUUUUUUGGAAAUCCGAGUAAAAAGUGUAUACUUGUAGGUGAUGUGCCACCAGGACGUCUUCGGAAUCGUCCGUUCCCUUCUGGCGUUCCGUCUGACCGCCGGCACCCGUGAUUUCAUUGCCGUCGGUUCGGAUUCCGGUAGAAUUGUCAUUCUGCAGUACAACGCCGAGAAGACGUGCUUCGAACGGCUCCAUCAGGUCAGAUAUACCGAAAAAACUGUCAUUUAUGCCGAACAUUUGCAGGAAACAUUCGGAAAGACGGGGUGCCGUCGCAUCGUUCCGGGCCAUUACCUGGCUGGGGAUCCGCGUGGGCGUGCUCUAAUGAUCGGCGCCGUCGAGCGGCAGAAGCUGGUCUACAUCAUGAACAGGGACUCGGACGCUCAUUUGACCAUUUCCUCACCACUGGAGGCCCACAAACACCACACUCUCUGCUACUCGAUCGUCGGCGUCGACGUCGGAUUCGAGAAUCCCACGUUCGCGUGCCUUGAGUUCGAUUACGAGGUGAAUAUAUUAUUUAAAGAACAUUUUCAAAGUGUUAGGUUUUUUCCUCAAGCCUCAAGUCUUUUAUUAGACUGACCAUAGCCAAAGACUACAAUAAUCCGGAACCUGUGACGCGAAAAUAAGACACGCGAAAGCGCUUCCCAGCAAUUAUCAUAAUUUCGGUCAUCAUUCUUUGUGUUUUCGGCUGGAAUUCCAGUGUUUCUCGGCUCGCGCGGUCUUGUUUCAACCAUAUUGUGUCCAGUUUGACUUGAGAGCCUCUGUGCUCAAGUUUGUCUCGUUCUCUUCAACCUUUUCAAAUAAUUUUGCAGGACAGCGACAAUGAUCCGACGGGCGAAGCGGCGAAGAGAACGCAGCAGACACUGACAUUCUACGAGCUCGACCUAGGACUGAACCACGUGGUGCGAAAGUACGCGGAGCCGCUGGCGGACCCGGGGAAUCUGCUGAUCGCGGUGCCCGGGGGCAAUGACGGUCCGUCCGGGGUCAUCGUCUGCUGCGAGAACUACCUCGUCUACAAGAACCUUGGUGAUCAGCCCGACAUCCGAUGCCCCAUCCCCCGACGCAGAGUGAGAACUUUUUUGAAAAAAAAAAACUGUUUGAAAAGAUGAAUUGUAAGAUGAUUUGCUCCCAACUUGAGUUCCAAGCGAAGUGACCUGAAAGAUAAUUGAAAUCAUAGGUGCGGCAUGUGUGAGAAACACCAAAACAUUUCUCCGACCUGGCCAUCGGAUUGAAAUUUCCCAACCAGCGGCAACCAUAAGACCACCUCCUGUGGAAAAGGCUAAAAAAAGUCGCGGCAGAGUCGAAAAUGACCAGAUUGCUGCCCCUUAAGGGCACUCCUGCAAUCUGGUCAUUAGUGGACUCUAGUGCAUGUACCAGAUAUCGUUAGUGUCUUCAAAUGAGUGGAAACUGAUCGAAUAUGACCCAUAGAAGUAAUUCAGACAGUUAGAACAACUUGACGCCUUACGGCUGCCAAAUUUUUUUUCCGAACUAGGCCCCUCCCACUCGCCUGUUGUCCGAACUGUCGGCGUGCAAUUCAAAACACCUAUGAUGGAAAUGUUUUUGGAAAAUUCAGAAACAGUAAGUUUUGCAGAACGAACUGGACGACGCGGACCGCACACUGAUGAUCGUGUGCUCGGCGACGCACAAAACGAAGAACAUGUACUUUUUCCUGGUGCAGGCCGAGAACGGUGACAUUUUCAAAGUGACGCUCGAGACGGACGAGGACCUGGUGACGGAGAUGAAAGUGAAAUAUUUCGAUACGGUCCCGCCGGCCAACGCAAUGUGCAUCCUCAAGUCCGGAUUCCUGUUCGUCGCCGCCGAAUUCGGAAAUCAGUACGUUUUUUGACACAUUUUUAGGGAAGAAAACAAUGAUUUUUCUCUGUUUCUAAAUCUAGAAAAGAGUAAUAAAAUGUUUGCAGCGAACUGUACCAGAUCGCGUCGCUAGGCGAGGGCGGAGACGACGAAUUCUCGUCGUCGAUGGGCUUCGGAGACGGCGACGCCGCCUUUUUCGAGCCGCACGAGCUCAGAUCGCUCAUCGCCAUCGACUCCCUGGACAGUCUUUGUCCGCUCACCGAUGCUGUCGUGAGUUUUAAAAACCAAACAUUUUUAAAGCUAAAAUACCUUUAAAAAAUCUGCUAAAAAUCACAAAUUCCCUUGUCAGAUUGGUGACGUGGCUCGCGAAGACGCGGCGCAAAUCUACAGUCUGGUCGGUCGGGGCGCUCGUUCCAAUCUGAAAGUGCUCCGGAACGGACUCGAAAUCUCUGAAAUGGCCGUCUCCGAUUUGCCCGGAAAUCCGAACGCCGUCUGGACGGUCAAAAAGAAUAUCGAAGGUUUGGAUGCAUUUUUUUUUGAAAUUAUUUUAAUUCAACAAUUUGGAUCAAAGUAGUACAAUCUUUUGGCAAAUGGAAAUUUGCAAUAAAUGAUUUUGAGACGCGUACGACUCGUACAUCGUCGUCUCGUUCGUCAACGCAACGCUCGUUCUGACGAUCGGAGACACUGUGGAAGAGGCUUCCGACUCGGGAUUCAUGCCAACGACGCCGACCAUCGGGUGCUCCAUGAUCGGAGACGAUUCUCUUGUUCAGGUCCGUUUCUAGUUAUUGAAAAAAAGUUCGCGAUUAUUCUCGAUUUGUGCAAUGUUUUUCAACUUUCCCAAAAGUGCCACUAUUGUAGAUCUACGCGGAAGGCAUCCGUCACAUCCGUUCGGACAAGCGCAUCAACGAAUGGAAGGCCCCGCCACGCCGUCAAAUCGUCAAAUGCGCCGUGAAUCGGAGACAAGUGGCCGUCGCGCUCACCGGCGGAGAACUCGUCUAUUUCGAGCUCGAUUUGGUACCUUUUUGACUCUAUCAGAAAUUGUUUUUCAAUGUGCCUAUAAUUGAGCGGAAACCGUUAGAAAAAAUAGAAUAACCGUAAUUUUGAACAUGCUCUGAAUAAGCGCUUCACAGAACGGCACGCUGAACGAGUUCACCGAACGGAAGCUGUUCAACGCGGACAUUGCGUGCAUGACCUUCUCGGAGAUCUCGGAAGGAGAGCUCAACUCGCGCUUCCUGGCCCUCGGGACCGUCGACAACGCGGUGCGCAUCAUCUCGCUCGAUCCGAACGACAUGCUCAUGCCGCUCAGCACUCAGAACCUGCCCUGUCCGCCCGAAUCCAUCCUUCUGAUCGAUACGCCCAACGAGGACGGGCGCGGAGUCGCCUCCGUCCAUCUCAACAUCGGACUACAGGUUUGAAUAUGCUUAACAUUUCAUCGAAUUGCUACUUUUCAAUUUGUUCAAACCAAACAUUGAGUUUUUAGCAAUGAUGGAUACAGUUUCACCGAUUUAUUGAAAACAAAAUUCAGCAUUUGUGUUUUUAUUCAGACUACAAUAGUUAUACCAGAUUUUUCUGAAUUGCAAGGAAAAUAGGAGAAAUGAUUCCAAUGAGAAGCAUGCAUGUUUUUGUCUAAGCAUUCGUAAAAAUACUCUCUCACUUCACCCAAGAAAAUUCUUUUAAAAAGUAUAAUUGUUUUGCAGAACGGUUGUCUGUUCCGAAACACAGUGGACAACGUGACAGGAGCGAUUAUGGACACGAGAACGCGGUAUUUGGGAACGAGGCCCGUCAAACUGUUCAAAGUGCAAGUUCAAGGACGAUCCGCUGUCAGUUUAUCACUGUUAUUUGAAAGAACUUUUCCUCUCAAAUUUUUGAAACAUGAAAGGAGAAGAGUAUUCUAUUUUUUGCAGAUUCUGUGUACCUCGUCCCGCUCGUGGCUCCUUUAUCACUUCCAACGCCGUUUCCACCUCACUCCGCUCAGCUACGUCAAUUUGGAAUACGCGGCGAGCUUCUGCUCGAAUCAGUGCGCCGAAGGAAUCGUGGCGAUUGCGGAGAGCACGCUCAGGUGCGGUAAAAGUGCUGUUAAAAUGAUAAACAAGCACAGUUGCGAACAUGAGGGCUUCACGGCUUGUACUAGCUAGUUUCAAUGUCUUAUCUUUCUUAUUUGUUAACCACGAAAAGAAUAUGCUUGCAGAAUCAUCGCCGCCGAAAAGUUGGGCGUCGCGUUCAACGUGGCCUCUUUCGAGCACAAAAUGACUCCGCGCCGCGUGGCCGUGCACCCGUCGAUGCCGUGUUUGGUGGUGAUCGAGACAGACCACGCCUCGUACACGGACGUCACCAAGAACAUCAAGAGGAAUCAAAUGGCCGCGGUCAGUUCUGAACGUUCUUAAUUCAAAAGCAAAUCAAUGAAAGAAGGCCAGAAAUGAAUGACUUUUCUGCAAAGAUUUACUCGAACAUUACAAGAAAUUUUAGCAAGCUAAGACGAUCAUUAUUCUUUUAGAAUUUUUUUGAUAUUCUGAAACUGUAAACAUUUGUUUUCGAAUUGCCCGUCUUCAUAAUCUUCAAAAAAAAAUUGCAGGACGUGGAAGCGAUGGCUUCAGACGAGACGGAAGCGCAGCUGGCUCACGAGAUCGCCACGAACCUUCGGGAACGAAAACUCGACGAAAAAGUGUUCGGAGCACCGCGAGCCGCCCGCGGAAAGUGGGCCUCGGCGAUCAGCCUCCGAUCGGCCGCCACCGGAGAGCGACUCUCCUACUUUGAGCUGCCGCAGGACGAGAACGCAAAGUGGUACGCAUCAAAAAGUUGUUAUCAUGAGAGGGUAGGAGGAAAUGGUUUCCAUACCACGCCACACAGCUCUUGGUACCAUUAUUAUUAAACGAAGUCGUUUGAUUACCUGAAAAAAUGCAGUUUCAAAAAGAUUUUAUAUUCUGAAUUUUUAAAUUGACAGUUGACUGUGUCUUUAGACAGUACAUUAUGGGGCUAUUCACCGUAUGUUUGUUUUCCGUUUUUUUCACAGCCUGAAUAACCCCAUUAGGGCUAAAACUUUGUAGAAAGAUACUCGGAAGCAAAACUGAUAAUCAAUUAUUUAUUAAUCAUCCAAAGUUUGAGUUCGAUCGGACAAUUAAACUGGGCCAAAAGUUGUUUUUCUUCAUUUUCAUUUAUUUAUUGAAGGGAAGAGUCUCUAACACGAAUAGAAAUUACAAAAUUAAAUAAUGAAAGAGAUCAAUCAUAUUACUUUGAAAGCACCUCUAGAAAAAUGAUUGCUCCAAUAGUUGAUGGACCUACUUUAUGCAAAUUGGGAAACACUGAAAAAUAUCAGAAAAUGCUCCUCCUUUCCAACGAGCUAUGCGAAUUUCUUUGCCAUUUGAGCCGAAACUUUUUCCCCAACAUACAUGGACAUUCGACGCAUCGAAUCACUCACAAAUAGAUUACUUUGCAGUCUGGCACUGGUGCAGUUCUCGAAGCAUCCGGACGCGGUGAUGGUGCUCGUCGGGUGCGGAGUGAACGAACUUUUGCACGCGGCGGACGCGCAGGAACAUGAACAGAGACGGCCGGUCCGCGGAUGCGUCUACACGUUCCAUCUGAGCGCCAACGGAGAACGAUUCGACUUUUUGCACAGAACCGAAACGCCAUUGGUCUGUUUUAGAAGUAUUUGAAAAGUUGAAAUUUUGUUCUUUGAGAUUAUACAGUAGAUUAUACAGUAGAGAUUAUACAGUAGAAAAUUGAGACGUUCGUUCUCGCCAUUACUUUCAUAGUAGCUAUCCAAUUCGUUCAAUUUCAGCCAGUGGGCGCAAUUCACGAUUUCCGCGGAAUGGCGCUCGUCGGAUUCGGCAAAUUCCUGCGAAUGUACGAUAUCGGACAGAAGAAGUUGUUGGCAAAGUGCGAGAAUAAGGUGCGCUUGCCCUUUCUUUUUCAAAUUUGUCUCCAUCCCUCCUAA